AUUGAUUCAGCGAGUAAGUUUAAUUUAUACCAUUAAAUCAAUGAUUGAAUGUUAUUCGUCUCUCCUUACAAACGUUACCUGUGUGAAUUAUUUUCUUUUUUCUAUUGGUUCAGUCUGUAAGUUUAAUUUAUAUGUUUCAUUUAAAAUUGAAUGUUAUUUGUCUCUCCUUACAAAUGCUAUGCUUAUAUGAAUUAUAUUUCAUCUUUCUAUUUGUUUAGGCUGUAAGUUUAAUAUUAUACUUUUCAUUUACAAUUGAAUGUUAUUUGUCUCUCCAUACAAAUGCUACUUAUGUCAAUUAUAUUCUUCUUUCUAUUGGUUCAGCUUCGAGAGAAGCUUCAUUACCAGCAGGCAGUGGAUCCUUAUGUUGAGGGAUACAGCACAGAUGAGGAUGGGACUGUUGCUAGCUCUUUGCUUGAUGACUACUUGCAAUUUGAGCCUUCUUCUCUUAAACAUGACUUUCUCUCUCUCAGUGUUGAUGACAUUAAACGGAGUUCUACUGAUCCUGUAACUUCUUCAUCUGUUCUAUCUCAAGCUCGUGAUAAACUUAUAACUCACUUUGAUACAGGUCAUAAAAAAAGUAAAGAAAAUUAUGUUCUCUCUGAAAAGAGUUUCCCUUUGACUUGUGACACAGAUAAUACUGUUAAUUUACAAAAAUGUGGUUUAGUUUUGUAUUUUCCUCAGAAAGUAAUCACAACUCUAGUUGAGUCACCAGCAGCUAUUAGCUAUGAUGUGACAGUUAAGGGAUUAUGGGCUGAGCAAUUUUUAUUUCCUAAAGGAACCCAGCUCAUCAGCUCUGUCACAUCAAUUGCUCUCAAUUCUCCUUUGCCAUUAGAUAAGCCAGUCACUGCUCAGUUAAUGCACUGUGCUAGCAUUACUGAUCAAUCUCAGAGCAAGUAUCUCAGUUUUAUUGUCUCACAUUCAUCUCAACCUCCUUUUGAGUUUGAGCUCUUACCAGGAGGGGAAUUCCUUGCAGGUUCAAAAUAUGGUACCAUACAGUUAAAGGAGUUCUCAUUGAUUGCUAUUGUAUUGGUGGUGUCAGCUACUGCAGCAAUUGCAACUGCCAUUGGAUAUCAAUUUUUCCAGGUUCCUUUACUGAGAUGUCAAGGAUUGAUUUAUUACAAGAGAGAGUCUGAAAAUAUGAAAAUGAGUUUUGCAGUUUUAAAUGACCUUCCUCACAAUGAUGCAAUUAUUAAGUUUAAAAAGGAGUCUUAUAAGAAAUUUGGAGAAGAGGAAUGGAAUUUUCCUUUUCAAAUGAGAACAGAUAGCCAACUUGAGCUGCACUUUCCUCCAGAUAAGCCAAUUGGAUGGACAGUACUACCACUUAGAAAACCUCCUACAAUACAUGAGAGAGAUGUUUGUGCCUACACUGAGUCACAGACCUCAAGUGACCUUCCUCCAUAUAUUUCUGUAAUACUGCAAGCAACAGCAACAGCUGCUGAAUGGCUUAGCUAUGAAAUCACUGUCAGUGGAAUCAAUAUAGACAAGAAAGACAGUAUUGCUAUUGUAGUGCAUAAAUCCAGAAAUUCUUGCAUUUCAUCUAUACCUUCAUUGGAGCUUGCACCAGCAGUUAUUGAAAAAUCAAACGAAGCUUCUGAGGUAUUUCGUGAGAAAAUAUCUACACUAAGCUCCAUCAUUGGUUCGGGCACUAGUACUAUCUUUGAUAGGAUCAGUGAUGAGUUUCUUAGUGCAGGACUCAUCAGUCAAUCAAUACUAGAUGACAUCACUACAGUACCUAGUUACUCCAAUUAUCAAAGAGGCAGUAGAUUAAUUCGUGAGCUGUACAAGAGAUUGCUAAAAAUAGAUACACUUAAUGAUGACCUCAUUGUGCUGUGUGAUAUCCUCACCAGACAAGAAGAUGAGCAACUGGUUCAGAUUGGUGAAGAUAUGAAGAAGAAUUCAUCUUGUGCUGUUUGACGCUAGACUAUGUAACAUACAAGUAGACAAAAUAGGCUCGUUAUUUUUAUCUUUCUUAUUUCAAUUGUUUAGGAUACUUAAUUAUUAUGCAUUAAUUUUACAAUUAUUAAGAAAUGCAGUACCAACUACCAACACA